UGACGCCCCUAUUGUUUUGAAGAAGCGCGAGAGCACAGGUGAGGAGCUGGAGCCGUGAGCUGGACCUUUGUGGAUUAUAUACUUUUAGUCUGCUGUGGAGUUACAAUAACAACAUGAGCAAAACGAAGAACAAAAGUGAGAAUAAGACAGAAAAGGCUUUGGCUGCGGAGAAAGAGCAGUUCGCUAAACAACAGCUGCACAGCAUCAGCAAAACUCUGGUCUCCGGUGAAACACCAGUCAAAGAGAAAUAUGUGCGCAAUAUCAUCAUUGGAACAUAUAAGGAGGGUGGAGCCGCCACCUUCUGGUCCUACACCCUCAACCUGCCUCUCUCCAGCAACUCCAUAAUCUGCUGGAAGUUCUGCUAUCUGCUGCACAAAGUGCUCCGGGGCGGACACAGAAAUGUUGUUAGAGAUUCUCACAGGUACUGCCGCAACGUCAAAGAUAUGGGCGUUCUCUGGGGAAGCUUGCAUGAUCGAUACGGCCACAUCGUUGCCUUGUCUGCCAAAUUCCUCUGCCACAAAAUGGAAUUUCACACAAAACACAAGAUGAUCCCAGGUAACCUGGAGGCCAGUGAUGAGACUUUGGACAGGGAAACGGGAAACGACAAGAACAAAGUGUUAGAUAUGACACAGGAACUGAUGGAUUACUUGGAUGCUGGACUGAAGAUGCAGGAGACAGUUCUGCGUCAGCUUGAUGCCAACGGCGCUAACUCUACUACUCCAGCUGGACAGUGCCGACUGACUCCUCUGAUUCCCCUCAUACUGGACUGCAGCUUCCUGUACCACUUCUCUGUCCUGUUGAUGUUCAAACUGCACGGCUGCAUGGCUCCAGACGUUCUUCUUGGACAUCGAGAGCGGUUCCGCGAUCUAUUUAACAACCUCACACAGUUCUUCAACAGAGCCAGAGAAAUGGAGUUCUUUAAAACGAUCAUCCAGAUCCCAGAUCUCCCAGAUGCUCCUCCAAACUUCCUCCGUGCUGCUGCCUUGGCUGAGUAUAAAAGGCCGGUGGUGGUGAUGCCUAACGAGGAACGUCAUGACGGAGAGGAAGUGGAGCCGCAGACGGAGUUAAAGGAAGCACCACAGAUGCCACAGUACUAUUUGCGCAACCAAAUGGGAGCGCCUGAUGCUUCAGUUGAGCAGAGGGAAACAGAGAAUGAGAGUCUGAAGAGAGAGCUGGAGGUGCUCAAACCAGAACUACAACUGAUCAAGAAGGAAGCCAGGAGGUGUUUAACUGAGUUAAAGGCUCAAGUGAAUCGCCUGGAGGCCGAGGUGGAGGAGCAGCGCAACCACAAACAGAUGGCCAUGGUGGAAAAGGAGCACCUGCGGAUGGAAGUGGAAGCUUUACGCUGCGCUAAUGUCGCCAAUGUCGGGGCUCAGAUCGGCUUCAAGGAGGCAGACCAUCGAGCUCAGGCAGCAGAGGUUCGUUUCACUCAACUCAAAGAGAGACACGCAGAGCUGAUCACCAGCCACGCUGACCUAAUGAAGAAGAACGCAGAAACAGUGAAGUUGCUGUCGGGUACAAAACAUGGUCAGGACGAUUUGCUGAGGAACAAACAGCAGCUGGAAAAUGAGCUGGAAAAUCUACGACAGGAGAAAAGAAACACGAUGAAUCAGCAGCAGCAGGAGUUUCAGCGCCUGAACAAAGAGCUGCUGGAGCAAAGAGCAGAGCUGGCUCUCCUUCGCAGCGCGCUGGAUAAUAAAGAGAUGGAGGGCUCUCAGGUGAGCAGCAGCCUGGCAGCUCUGCAGGCUGAGAGAGAUGUGCUGCUGCGCUCCGCCAGAGAGAAAGACGUGGAGCUCUCCUCGACGAGACAACAAGCCCAGCAGCAGCAGGGAUGCCUGGACCUGGAGAGGGAGCGGCUCCACCGAGAGCUGGAGGCUCUGAGAGCUCAGCUACAGCAGCAGCUUGCCAUCAAUGCAGAGCAGAAGCUGGAGAUGGACAGGCUGAGACGGGAGCUGGACUCGACACGAGCAGAGUUGAAUCGUGCAAACGGCGCCCUGCAGAGCAAAGAAAUGAGUGGAACCCAGCUGAGCAGUUCCCUAGCAGGGAUGCAGGCGGAGAGGGAGGUGUUGCUGCGCUCGAUGAGGGACCAGGAGGCCGAGCUCAGCUCCCUCAGGCAGCAAGCUCAGCUCCACCACGGCUCCCUGGAGCAGGAGAGGCAGAGGAGCAGCAUGGAGCUGGGAAGCCUCCACGCUCAGUUACAGCAACAGGCCUGUCGGGAAGCUGAGCUGACCCAGAAGCUGCAGGAUGAGCAGUUCUGUCUGCUGCAGUGUGCUGUGGUGGAGGCUGAGGGCAUCAUACUGGACGCUGUGGCCAAACUGGACGACCCCGUACAUGUCAGCUGCAUCUGCUCACCUGAUUAUUUGGUGAAUCGAGCUGAAAUCACUCUAAGUUCUAUUGACAAAAUGCAGCAGAGCCACGUCGUCUACCUGGGAAACAGGAAUGAUGCCAGUGGUUUGUUGAGAGCGGUCACACAGUUCUCCCACCUCACUGCGGACACGAUAGUUAACGGAGCAGCAACAUCUCACUCUGCUCCCUCCGACCAGGCCGACUGUUUAACUGACAGCUGUCGGGAUUGUGCGAAUCACUGCCUUCAGUUCUUGAAGGAUCUGAAGCUUCAGGCCAGUUUACAGAGAGCAGAUCCCUCCGCCGUGCGCUACACUGUCCAACGCAUCCUCGCUUUAGGAAAGGAUCUGCGUCCAAAAGGACAAGAUGUGCUGAAAGGAGAGCUGGGAUACAUGGUGGAUAAAGAGAUGCUCGCCACAUCGACUGCCAUUGAAGAGGCUGUGCUGCGAAUGGACGAGAUACUGAAUCAAGCAAAGAGAGACACUUCUGGCGUCAAGCUGGAGGUCAACCAGAGUAUCCUGGGAUCCUGUUCAGACCUGAUGAAGGCUGUUCACAUGCUGGUUACAGCUUCUACUGACCUACAAAAAGACAUCGUGGAAGGAGGCAGGGGGGCAGCGUCUGUUACAGAAUUUUAUGGCAAAAACUCUCGCUGGACAGAAGGACUCAUCUCUGCCUCUAAAGCUGUUGGCUGGGGCGCCACACAGCUGCUAGACUCAGCCGACCGGAUGGUGGGUGAGAAUGGAACAUACGAGGAGGUCAUCGCGUGUUCACAUGAGAUCGCUGCGAGCACGGCUCAGCUAGUGGCUGCCUCAAAGGUAAAGGCCGACCGCAACAACAAGAAGCUGCACACCCUGAAGCAGGCGUCACGCCAUGUCAAUGACAUGGCUGCUGUGGUCGUCACCUCCACCAAACAUGGGCAGCAGCAGAUCUCUGUCCCAGUCGUGAUGGACUUCUCUGGCAGGUCUCUGAUCAAACUGAAAACAGAGGAGAUGGAAACUCAGGUGAAGGUGCUGCAGCUGGAGAGCCAGCUGGAGCAGGAGAGAGUGUAUCUGGGGGAGCUGAGGAAGAGGCACUACGACCUCAACGCCUCGGAGACCGACGACGGAGCCGAGAGCUUCCCGCCGCCGCCGCCGCCUACUCUGCUCGACUCCCCGCCAUUACCUCAGUUCACCGCACAGACGCAGCCUUCCAUGAACACCCCGAGAUUUGCAGAAACCAAUCCGUUUGCACCGGCUCUGACACAGUCGUACACACCAACACACACAGAGGCCCAAACAUCCACCCCUUCCCAAAUCUACACCCCUGCCCAAACUUCCACCCCUUCUCAAAUCUACACUCCUGCCCAAACAUCCACCCCUUCUCAAAUCUACACCCCUGCCCAAACUUCCACCCCUUCCCAAAUCUACACCCCUGCAACUUCCACCCCUUCUCAAAUCUACACUCCUGCCCAAACAUCCACCCCUUCCCAAAUCUACACCCCUGCCCAAACUUCCACCCCUUCCCAAAUCUACACCCCUGCCCAAACUUCCACCCCUUCCCAAAUCUACACCCCUGCCCAAACUUCCACCCCUUCUCAAAUCUACACUCCUGCCCAAACUUCCACCCCUUCCCAAAUCUACACCCCUGCCCAAACUUCCACCCCUUCUCAAAUCUACACCCCUUCUCUCACUUAUACCCCUCCUCAAACCUACACACCCUCCCAGCCUUUCAUCCCAGCGCAGCCCUACACGCCACCUCAGCCCUACACACCAAACCCAACCCAGUCUUACUCGCUGUCAACACCCUCAACACAAACCUCCAGCCUCUCCCGGCCUCAGUCACCGUCUUUGCCCCGUGUGACCUCAAGGAAACACAACAUCUUUACCAAAUCUGGAAACUUGCUGAAAAAUGCGUUCAAACGAGGUGAAACUGGAACAGGGGACUCUUGAAGCCUGACUGAAGAAGAAUCUGACAUUUUAGUUAACACUUACUGCAAAUAUUAAUAUCCUUUAACAUGUUAAAAUCACUCAUUGUAAUCUUAUUUUAUCUCUGAUUCUUAAGUAAAUCAUUAAAAUGUGCAAAUGUAUAUUUUCCAAUUUAUUUUUGUAAUCAUGCUGAAGCUUAUAUUAUGUUACGUGUUGUAUACCACGUUGAUUUAUUAAAUAUAAUUAAAUAAUCUGAGACAGAA